AUGUUGACAACAACAGAGCGAAGGAGCGCCAUGGUCUUCAACCUGCCCGCAAAUGGCAUUUUUGACUUUAACCAAAACACUACCUCCUACACAACAACACCGUCACCCUCGAGCAAGCGAAUGGGCAGAACCCCCGACGAGCUCUGCUUUCCCCCACCUCCCAAAGCAUUGAAGCGCGAAAUUUCCACAAACCACUACGUCGCACAGCCUAUUAUUCGCCCAGUGGCUAGACAGCCUGCUGCCCAGCACAUUCGCCUGAUGCCUUACACGGAUGCCGAGUGGAAGCACGCUCUGGCUGACGUCAAGAGAGAUUACUCCACUACCAAGUACAGGAGCUGUGUGACAAAAUGCAAAGAGUUGCUCAAUGCUGUCAAGAACCCAAAGAGCGUGCAGCCAACGUACCUCAUUUACCUGCACUUUUACGCUGCGACCGCCAUCGAGAUGCAAGUUCGCGGAUUUCAGGCGUCGUCUCCUCAUCGGAUUAAGUUUCUGCAGGAUGCUCGCCAGCAUUACCGCCUUGCUUCUACACUCGCCCAAGCUGCUGAUGAACAGGUUGCCAAUGCUCGCUCCUUGUUUCGCUCCUCUCGCGGCUCCAGUAUCGGAUCGCCAGUGUCAUCCAUCCUAUCCAUGACGUCGGAUGCUUCUUCAAGAGCAUCCUCUCCAGCAUUCUCUGUCGCAACCACGCGAUCCGCCAAAAGAGUUACCUUUGUGGACGGUGCGCCUGGUAUGGAUGUGGAUGAGCCUUUUGUCCGCCCCGACUCACCAACACUUGGACUUGAUGACCCUGUCAGUGGCCGAACAUCCCCCUGCUUUGAAGACACUUCCAACAUGGCCACACCCCGCGCUAUCCAACGAGAGUGGGCCAAUGAAGAGGACGAAUACACCCUCUCCUCCGAGCCCAGCGCAGCAUUUACUCGCUACUGCACCACGCUCAGCAGCAUUCAGCAGCAAAUCAACACCCAUCUUCAGUCGAUUGAGCAAGACAUUGAUACUGCCCUCUACCCACGACCUGGCCCGCCUCGGGAUGACGAGAUGCGCGCUAUUGAUCUGCAGGCUCGCAUCCAGCGCCUUCGUGCCAACGGCUGGGUCCGCAAGAGGUUCGAUGCGCAACGCUAUGAAGCUUUCCGCGAGCAAGCCAUCCUGGACAUGAUGCAGUAG